AUGUCUUCAGGAUCACGAAUAGACAACCAAAUUAUCGUCAGGAAUCCCAUCGUUGAGCUCGAUGGUGAUGAGAUGACACGUAUUAUCUGGAAGAAGAUAAAAGAGGAGCUCAUCUUGCCCUAUCUCAAAAUUGACCUUAAAUACUACGAUCUCGGAAUAGAGUACCGGGAUGAGACUAAUGACCAAGUCACCAUUGAAGCCGCCGAGGCAAUCAAAAAAUACAGGGUUGGCGUAAAAUGUGCGACAAUCACCCCGGAUGAAGCUCGCGUGAAAGAAUUCAAUCUCAAGCAAAUGUGGAAGUCACCGAAUGGGACUAUUCGGAACAUUCUAGGGGGCACAGUCUUCCGUGAGCCUAUUAUCCUAGAAAAGAUACCAAAACCAGUCCCGGGCUGGAUAAAGCCUAUCGUUAUUGGACGUCACGCAUAUGGCGACCAGUACCGAUCCACGGACUUCGUCGCACCAGGCCCAGGGGAAUUGCAGCUAGUGUACACGCCGGCAGAUGGAAGUGAGAAGCAAGUCUUGAACGUAUUCAACUUCCAAGGGCCUGGUGUCGCGAUGGCUAUGUACAACACGGACGAGUCGAUUCGUGGAUUCGCCCAUGCUUCGUUCAAGAUGGCCCUUUCGAAGAAUCUUCCGAUGUACUUGAGCACUAAGAACACCAUCAUGAAAAAGUAUGAUGGCCGGUUCAAGGACAUCUUUGAGGAAAUUUACGAUACCACUUACAAACCUGCCUUUGAGAAGCGUGGUUUAUGGUAUGAACAUCGUUUGAUUGAUGACAUGGUUGCCCAGGUUAUCAAGGGCGAGGGAGGAUUUGUUUGGGCCACAAAAAACUACGAUGGGGAUGUUCAGUCCGACGUUCUUGCUCAGGGUUUCGGAAGCCUAGGCAUGAUGACUAGUGAACUCCUCACACCUGACGGAAAGAUCAUUGAAUCUGAAGCUGCUCACGGGACUGUUACUCGUCAUUAUCGUGAACACCAAAAGGGCAAAGAGACCAGCACAAACCCUGUCGCUUCGAUCUAUGCUUGGACGCGUGGUCUCAUCUUCCGUGCCAAACUCGACAACAACACUGAACUUGGCCAGUUUGCACGAGCGCUUGAGGCUUCUUGUGUAGAAGUCAUCGAUAAGGAUGGGAUCAUGACGAAGGAUUUGGCCCUGGCUAUUCACGGGAAGAACAUGAAGCGUGAACACUGGGUCACUACCUCAGUGUACAUGGAUGCUGUCAAGGCAAAGCUCGAUGUCAAAUUGACAGAGUCAAGACAAUCGAGACUACUGAAAUUGUAG